AUGACCCCCGCACUCGGGCGUCGUGGUGCGUGGGGGAACGCGCGCGGGUACCAUGUGCGCUUGUGGGUGCUAUGUGGACUGGGAUGGGCCGCUGAUAAUAUGUGGCUCCAAGGCGUAGCGAUGAGCCUGCCGUCGCUGCAAGCCACCUGGCACAUUCCCGAUGCGCGUAUUGGGCUCAUGACAGCGAGUAUGUUUACUGGCAUGAUGAUCGGCGCGCUGGGAUGGGGCGUGUGGGCAGACCAGCAAGGCCGGCAUGGCGUGUACCGCUCCACCCUUCUUGUUGCCGCCUUCGGUGGUCUUGGGCUCUCGAUGGCGCCGACGUACUUGAUGGCUUGCUUUUUCAGUAUCGUUCUUGGCACAGGGAUCGGGGGAAGCAUGCCUAUCGAUGGGACGCUGUUGCUAGAGUCGUUGCCGCACGCUUUGCACCAUUGGCUCACAGGGCUGUCGGUGUGCUUUGCCCUAGGCUCUGUCAUUUGCGCGGGCCUCGCCUACACAAUCCUCCCCGCCUGCAACGAUGCAUCGUGUGCACAAGCGUGGCGACACCUGGUAUUGGUGCUCAGCGGACUGACCUUGGCCGCCGCCAUCGCUCGGCGGUGGGGGUCGACGACAUACGAAAGCCCAAGGUUCCUAGCAGCGCAAGGCCGUUGGGAUGAUAUGGCCCUUGUCCUAGAGGCUACCUCGACACUCGAUGAAGACGAGGCAUGGAUCCACGACGAGCCAGAUCCAGCGCCAUGGCGUGAACAAGUCGGCCAUCUCGUCUCGCGUCCAUGCCGUCGAACCACGUACAUGGUAUGGCUUCUGUGGGCGAACAUGUCGCUAGGCUUCACAAUGUUUAACGCUCUAUACCCCCUUCUCCUACAGCGCAAACAGGCGGAUGUAAGUCAUGACGUGCUUUGGUACGCUGUGAGCUCGGUACCUGCCAGUCUGUGCGCCGCUGCGUGGCUCCGCACAGGCGCUACGUAUGCGAUGCCAUGCAUGCUCGGUGCGACGUCGCUGAGCCUGCUGUUGUUCGCGUGCGCACGCUCCUCACUGGCGAUUCGCAUAGCUGGGAUCAGCGUCUCGUUUACGGCGAAUACAGCCUAUGCGAUUUUGUACGGGACCACGCCCGAAAUGUUUCCGACACAGGUGCGUGGCACAGCCUGUGCGAUAGCCAGUGCCUUGGGCCGCGCUGCGGGGAUCCUAGCGCCUGUGCUGGCCAGUGCCUUGUUACCCGGCGAUGACAUGGCGCCUGUCUACAUGAAGCGUGGGGCGACCAGCGGCAGCUCCGACAAGCGGCGUGAAUUGGGCGUGCUGGGCGAUUCGAACCACCGGUUCUCGUGCAAGCGCGCAGCCUUGGUUGCGUUGCCGUUCCAGUAG